UGUGAACCGGAAAUGAAGAACGGAAGCAGCAAGAGCCACGCACGUGAAGUAGGACACUCGUCGUCUUCAUAAACACUGCUGGAAGAGGAUGGAUAUCGCCGAAGUUCCCGUGACGCAGAAAGGUAAAGGCAAGAAAAAGAAGAAUAAAAGUGAUAAGACAAAGACCACAGAACAAUCAGCCAAGAUGGAAACCGACGUGGAGGUGAAAGAAGAGAAAACAGAGGAGCCCGUCAGUUUCCCUCCGGCGUUCAGCUUAUCAGACAUCAAGAAUAAACAGCGACGACACUUAAUGUUUUUGAAACUAAAGCAGGAUAAAAGAAAGCAAAAAAUGGAGCUCAAGAAAAAGAGGAAAAGACAAGAAAAAAUAUUGGGUAGCAAGGCCCCACCUAAGCAAGUUCCGAAGACGAUAGAAAACCAGCGAGUACAUGACGAAACGACAGUUGAUCCGGAAGAUGAAGAGGUUGCGUUCGAUGAGGCAACAGAUGAAUUUUCUGCCUACUUCAACGGGCUGACGAACCCCAAAGUGCUUAUCACAACGUCGGACAGACCCAGGGGGAGGACGGUGAAGUUCUGCAGACAGUUGGCCACUGUGAUCCCAAACGCUCACGUCUACUAUAGAAGAGGCUUGGCCCUCAAGAGGAUCAUUCCCCAAUGUGUCGCCAGAGACUUCACUUACCUCAUCGUCAUCAACGAGGACCGCAAAGUGCCAAAUGGCUUGGUUCUUUGUCACCUGCCUGAAGGGCCCACUGCACACUUCAAGGUCAGCAGUGUUCGACUACGGAAGGAGAUGAAGCGACGAGGUAAGGAGCCAACAGAGCACACCCCUGAGGUGAUUUUGAACAACUUCACCACACGUUUGGGCCACAGCAUUGGCCGGAUGUUUGCUGCUCUUUUCCCUCAAAACCCCCAGUUUGUGGGUCGGCAAGUGGCCACCUUCCACAACCAGAGAGACUUCAUCUUUUUCCGAUUUCACAGAUACAUCUUCAAGAAUGAGAAGAAGGCCGGCAUUCAGGAAUUGGGUCCUCGUUUUACUCUGAAACUUCGCUCUCUGCAGAAAGGCACCUUUGAUUCGAAGUUUGGCGAGUAUGAGUGGGUCCUCAAGCGCCAUGAAAUGGAUGCCUGCAGGCGUAAAUUUCAACUGUGAAGGGAAAAUCAUCUCUCCUGUAAUUAUGCAAACACCCUUGUUAAUCCCACAGUUUGCGGUUUCAUUCAAAAUGACUAUACUGUAUUGUGCUUAUUGUGGAUCUUGAGACUUUGUAUCAGUUCGUCUAGUUCACAAACCCAGUACAGAAAAAAACAGAUUUUGUUGUUUGUGCUUUUAAACACACAACAAGGUGUGAUGAUAUUUUACAAAUGUUCAGACCCUUUUGAAAAGGCGUAUUACAUUACAUUGGGUCAUUUCCCUCGUGAUUAAUAAAGUAUGUAUCUGUCUUGUGUAUUACAAAUGUUUAUAACUCCUUUGUGAGACAGCACGUGCUGCUGUUGUAUACUGUACAUUUGUUAGACUCACAUGAACAAUCAUAAAUACAGAUUUGGAGAUAA